UGCAUCUUCCAGCGCAACACCACCAACACUGCGCAACCCCACCACGCCGCCGCCGCCGCCGCCGCCAUGGCGCUCUCCAUCUUCGUGCCCUUCGCCUACAUCGGCCUCCUCACGCUCUCGCUCGCCAUCUUCUCGCGCGUCUACCGGCGCCGCACCGCCGCGGCCCUCGCCGCCGGCCACGCGCCGUGGUUCCCCGAGGGGCACCCGGAGCGCGACAUCUACCAGACGCUCGUGCUGGCCGCGUCGGGCGCCAGCACCGACUCGCAGGGCCGGCCCGUCGAGAUUCCCGAGGUGGUGCUCAAGGCCGCGCUGCUGAACCGCGCCAUGGCCGACGUGCGCCGCAUCAUCCGCAUGCGCGACGACAAGCAGGCCAUGGCCACGCUCGUGCAGAAGGGCAGCCUCGGCGACGAGACGGUGGCGCGCUUCGGCAUGGCCGAGAAGGAGCUCGAGGCCGAGAUCCUCGACGUCGUCAGCGAGGCCAACACGUUCCGCGACGGCUGGGGCCAGCUCAUCUUCCCCACCGCCGGCGAGAUGGUGGCGCACCUGAAGCACAAGGAGGUCUACUACGGCGUCGCCGCUCAGCGCGAGGACGAGGUCAAGAAGCUCACCGAGGCAGGCAAGCCGGUCCCCAAGCCAUCGAUCACGCUCCCCGCACUCGUCACGCCGCCGGGCACGCAGAUCCAAGUGCAGAUGCCUCCUCAGCAGCAACAGCAGCAGCAAGGGCCAGGCGGAGCAGACGGGCAGCAGCGCGUGAUGCAGGGCCCGCCACUGCCGCCCGCGCUCCUCCAGGCUGCGGCACAGGCGGCCGCCGCACGAGGCCAGCCCCUGACGCCCGAGAUCCUGCAGGCGCUGGCGCAGGGACAUGCGCAGCAGAUGCAGCGUGAGCAGCAGCAGCGCGAGCAACAGCAGCAGCAGCAGUCGCAGCAGGGCACGCCGUCGAAAAAGGCGACGAUUGAGGAAGCGGAGGAAUGAGCAUCUCGUUCUGCCUGUCAGUGUGCGCGCCUGGCCCAGCACAGGCCCGUCGGCCUUCUCUCUGCCGUUCUGAGUGCCGACUCAGUCUGCUGACACAGGCAGCGCGGAGAGCUGAGAGCGCAGCAGCUGCUCCUCUUGCGGGACCGACAUCUUUGCCCUGCGUCUGCGCUCAACGUGAGCGCUUGGCGUCUUGCAGCAUUGCUGAAAGCUGUCAAAGACGAGCUGUGCCUUGCAGAGAGAGCAUGGGAGGCGCAGCUAAACGUGGCAAGAAGCCCGGGAGCUCUAGCUUGCGGCCUUCGCGUGCACGAGCCGCGGUCGAUGCGAACGUGACAUGUGCUGAGGCCAGCAUCUGGAGCAGGAAGGAGUGUGGACGAGCGCUCUG